UAGAUAUUAUUACCAUGACAACCACAUUGCUGACGUUUGCAGUGCUAGCCUUAACAACGAUCUUCUAUUGUGAAGCGACAACGUUCACCACGUGUGAUUUCCCAUACGAGAAGGUUGGCUGCUUCUGUGACAAAGAGGACCGAGCGUUACCAGAAGAACUCGUCAACGACCGUGACCCGACCAACCCGGCCUGGAGUGGUCACAUGAUUGAUUGGAAACAGUACGAUAAAUCUCUCCAUAGCCUAGCCUGUCGAUGUGCUGCCAAAGCAAAAGCAAAGGGCUACAAGGUGUUUGGUCUGCAGUUUUUUGGAGAGUGUUGGAGCGGGCCUGGUGGCGAGAAUACCUAUGCCAAAUAUGGUGUUGCUAAUAGCGACAYAUGUUAUCAGGAUAUCUACCAUUCAGAGAAUGUUCACUGCGAUAAGAGAAAACAACUAGAAUGUAUUGGUGGAAUCUGGACUAACUACGUAUAUAGGUUGAAAGUGAAAGAAAGUGAGUUGACGUCAAAAGCGAUCCUUUCAAAGCUGCGAUCGACUUCAUCAAACAGUUGA